UUAGAACUACACCGACAUUUAACGCGGCCUGCUUCGAACCGUAAUCAAUUUUUCCCAUCUGACAGCGAAGUGCGAAAACUCUCAGGUUCUCUUCCAGAAAUCGUCAAAAGUUCACCUUGAGCAUUUCAAACGUGCUAUUGAAAGAUAAGAAGCGAAGGCCUUUGUAUAUUAUACCACAAAAUGGACAAACACCUUGUUGGCGAGCGUUUUAAUGGCUACACUACAAAGGAGGGAAGAAAAUUUCGUCACGAACAUAAUCUUGGAAAGGCCGCUGGCUACAAGUGCUUUAAGAUUGACACUCCAAACGAAAAGUGUUGCUCUAACACCGACCGCGGACGAAUGAAAAGAUUUCUACCUGUGAGCCACUCUGCAGAGAAAGAUUUUUCAUCGAUGGAGAAGAACAAAGUCAAAGACAUGGGCCAUUUUUCACACAUUGCCUUACGUCAUCAACGAUUUCCGCAUAUUUGCCAAGCCGACCCAGCAGCCAUUGCGAAGCUCGCAUCGCUCACGCCAUCACGAUCGGAACGCCGCCGUAACUUGUCGACGAACGAACCCGCGGAAACUCACAUCGAGACUGCGUCAAGAUGGUUAUUCAUGAGCAUCAAAUGGGCGAAAAGUUUGCCAUAUUUUGCCGAGCUUUACUACCCAGAUCAGCUCGAACUGCUGAGGCAAAAUUGGAGCAGAUUAUUCCUGUUCAACCUGAUGUACUUCGAGAUGGUUCCGAAGGCGAGUGCUGCCGAAGAUGACGUUAGUGGCGCCCUGAGAGAUGUGUUCGUGCGGUGGAGCGAGGCGAAUCAGAAGCCAGAAAUACCGGGAAAAAUUGAAUACAGUUUGGAAAAGAUUCGUCGUUUACACAUGGACGAAACGGAAACAUUGCUUGUGAAAUCUUUACUUCUUUUUAAUCCAGAAACUGAAGGUUUGGUUGAUGCGUCACAGGUACAGGUCACCCAAAACAAAUGCCACAGAGCACUGGAAGAACACGCGCUAUCAAGCAAUCCAGGUGAACGAGACCGUAGCGGAAGAAUACUCCUCACCAUCUUAACAUUGAGUACGUUUGAGGAGCGAGACGUCGAAGCCAUGUUCCUAUCAACUGUACUGGGUAACGCCACCGUAACUUCUCUUAUGGAGAACAUUUUAUGCGCUGAUGCAAUGUAACAUCAAGUACUUCGAUUAUUGUAGUCUCUGCGCAGAUUGCCGCUGGUUUGUAGUGUUGCAAAUGUAUAACAUCGAGUACUUUGAUAUAUUGAAGUAAGCGAGCAGAGUUCCGCUGGCUUGUAGUGUUGCAAAUGGUUAGGUAUAACAUCGAGUACUUUGAAAUAUUGAAGUAAGCGAGCAGAGUUCCGCUGGCUUUUAGUGCCGCGGCACAACGAUACGAAUGGCAUAAAAAGUAGCAACUAGCAACCCUUAUUGAAACUGACACUUAUUGUGAGGUAACAGACGUUAUGACGACUCAAAGUAUAAUAACGUCAUAUGUGGGUUAUACCGGGGUAUUCAUAU